AUGUCGGUCUGCGGCACUCGAAAGUACCUUGCAGCUGAGGUGUAUUUGGAGGCACGACGUCAAUCCGGAAAAGACAGACAGGGCUACACCGUGACUGUCGAUGUCUGGUCCCUCGGUGUGGUGGGGUACGAGCUCGUAUAUGACAUGCCACGAUACAAGAGCGAGUAUGAGAACAACGGGGUUAGGUGGUGCAAAAAGAUUUCUAAGGAGCUCCAGGAUGAUCUAGGAAGAGAUCCGAAUGGACUCGGACAGUUCCUAUCAAAUACUAUGGUGGUUCUUGAGCCGAAGUCACGGUCUUCUGCUGGUGAUUGCUAUAAGCAAGUGGCGUGCUUACUUGAAACCGAGAACGGGUCCUCUUACGCGUCGACCUCGGCUUCAUACACCCAGGAAGAGAAUCAGGCGACGUUCAGGAACGCUCUGCGGAAUGAUGGGUCUGGGGGUCCAACCAUUAUGGUUUAUCAGCCAAUGUCUGUGACUGUACUCAAGGACCCCGCGACUGCGCCGGCGUCGAAGAAGGCAGGCAUUGAAAGGCCAAAGAUCGACACCAAGCUGCUCGAGAUCUAUGCCCGGCAUUUCUGCGCCAGAGGCUGGCUGCCACGACCCCCUAAACGACAUCCGUCGAAUGCGGCUGUACAUGCCACCAAGGAUGGACCCCUGGCAGGCCGAGUCGCUGUCGUUACGGGAGCGUCGUCCGGUAUCGGGGCUGCCGUCGCUACUGCUUUGGCUAGAGAGGGCGCGCAUGUCGCCAUUGCUGCUCGCCGCACUGACGCCCUCGAGUCUCUCAAGAGCAAGAUUGCCAGAUCCGGCGGCAAAGUCCUUGUUCACAAGACAGAUGUGACCAAACGCGAAGAAGUAGAAUCGCUGAUGCGUACGGCCAACGAGAAGCUCGGCCCCAUCGAUAUCCUCGUCUCCUGUGCGGGAGUGAUGUACUUCACGAUGAUGGCAAAUGUGCAGACGGAAGAGUGGGAGCGCACCGUCGACGUGAACUGCAAGGGCCUUCUACACUGCUUGUCGUCGACGGUCCCAUCAAUGCUCUCGCGGGGCAGUGGCCACAUCGUCGCCAUCUCAUCCGAUGCCGGGCGAAAGGUGUUCCCGGGCCUGGGCGUCUACUCGGCCAGCAAGUUCUUCGUCGAGGCGACGCUGCAGAGUCUGCGUCUCGAGACUGCGGGCACCGGCCUGCGCGUCACCGCGGUCCAGCCCGGAAAUACGGCCACGGAUCUCCUGGGCAUGUCGACUGAUGCUGAGGCCAUCAAGAAGUUCGGCGAGCCGACGGGCGCCAAGGUCCUUGAGCCGGCCGAGGUGGCGGAUGCGAUUAUUUAUGCGCUGCGCCAGCCGGCCCACGUUGCUGUGAAUGAGGUUCUGAUUGAGCCGCGGGAUGAGCCGAUCUAA